GCUCGCAGGAUCCUCGAAUUCGCAGGAGCUGAAUCUGGGUUUCGCCACUGGUGGGAUUUCGCUACAGAAUGCUGUGAAGUCUGCGCCCCAGUCGGGACAAGCUGCAGACACUGCAAUCGGCUGGUGGCUCCGCCGGGUGGCAUCUCGUUGUGAAGCUUCGCAGCUGCAAGCUCCGGGCAAGUUUCUAUCGUAUGUCAGUUUGGUGUUGGAGCUGCGUGGUGUUUGUUGUUCUUGGAGGAGGAGGAGUAGGUAGCUGCGAACAAGACCAUCUGAGAGGAGGAGGUCGAUCAGUAGGUGAGUUGUGUGUUUUUGGUGGUCUUGAAUCUGCGUGUUUGUCAUUUGCUUCGUCGGUAGGUGGGUUUGGGGGAGUGUGAAGGGUGGGGCGUGACGAGCACUGGGAAAAAGAUCUUCGAUGGGUUUUGCGUCGACUGGAUUCCUUGCACGAGGCGGGUUCUUGUGUGUGAGAGCAGGGUCAAAGUGUGCCUAACUGCUCCAGUUGAAGAUGAUAUCGAUCUUCUCGUAUUGUAUCUGGUAACAGUCACGCUUGGAUGGACUUUGCCUCCAUUGCAAAGGUCUUGCCUACAACAAGUGGCCGGAAUGCAAACGUAGGGAGUUUUCAAAUGAGGAGGGGUUCUGGCAGUUGUCCAAAAAAUCAAAGUUCCUUGCCUUUUAUGCAAUGAUCUGAGAAUUAGCUGCCAUAAGUGUCUCAUGACAUAAGCCCGAUUGACAGUUGCGAGGACCCAUGUGCUUCAGUACGUAAAUUAGGGUUUGAAGCAGUGGGGGCAACUGGGUAUUGAGUUAUGGAGAAUUUCGCUGGGAUACCGACAAGUGACAUCCGUCAGAAUGGGGGAAAAGAUCUUGAGCUGAUAGCUCUAGUGGAAGGGACUUCAUCGCCUUUAGACUCAACAUUGCACAGAAACGAUAUCUUUCUGAAAGAUGAACUUGUACGUCAACCCUCAUGCAAUAUGAGAGACCGGCCUAGAAGCUGGAUGGGCAAAUUGCCAACUUAUGUAUCUCGGAGUAUGGGUCAUGUAUUGUUCGGGACGAAGUUGAAUUGGCUGCUGUUAUGUGUUCCCUUAGCGAUGAUUGGUGGCCAAGGACUAUUUGGACAUGGCUGGGUUUUCGCAUUUAGUUUACUUGGUAUGGCUCCCUUGGCUGAGCGACUUGGAUUUGUCACCGAACAACUGUCUUUUUUCACUGGUUCGACAGUUGGAGGUCUUCUGAAUGCGACUUUUGGCAAUGCAACGGAAAUGAUUAUAUGCAUCAUUGCUUUACGGAAGAAAAUGAUACGAGUUGUACAGUUAUCACUGUUAGGUUCCAUUUUGUCAAACAUGUUGCUGGUUCUAGGAUGUGCUUUUUUCUUUGGGGGCCUGAAACACUCUCAGAAAGAUCAGAAGUUUAACAAGGUUACUGCCCAGGUCAGCGCAAGCCUGUUGUUGAUGGCAGUCAUGGGUCUUCUAUUUCCUGCCGUCCUUCAUGCUACUGGUACCGAACUGCAAAUUGGAAAGUCUGAGCUUGUUCUGUCGAGAUUCAGCAGCAUUAUCAUGUUGGUAGCCUAUAUCGCCUACCUGUACUUCCAGCUUAAGAGUCACAAAGAGCUUUAUGAUUCAGAGGAGGAUGCAGUAGAUAAUGAUGGUGAUUCCGACGAGGGCGAGGCUCUGCUGUGUUUCUGGACUUCAAUUGGCUGGCUCACUAUUCUGACUAUCUUUAUCUCAAUACUGUCGGAGUAUUUGGUUGAUGCCAUCGAGGGUGCUUCGAAUGCAUGGAAUGUACCCAUUGCGUUUAUAAGCGUUAUCAUAUUGCCGAUUGUUGGAAACGCCGCAGAGCAUGCGAGUGCUAUAAUGUUUGCCCUCAAAGAUAAGCUGGAUAUCUCGCUUGGGGUGGCUAUCGGUUCUUCCACUCAGAUCUCUAUGUUUGUGAUUCCUUUUUGCGUCGUUAUCGGGUGGCCCAUGGAAACGCACAUGGACCUCAACUUCGAACUGUUUGAAACCGCAACACUAUUCAUAACAGUUCUAGUGGUUGCUUUCAUGCUUCAGGAGGGUACUGCAAAUUAUUUCAAGGGUUUAAUGUUAAUAUUAUGCUACCUAAUAGUUGGAGCAAGCUUCUUUGUCCAUGUCGACAUUCCAGACAAGCAUCCUGGGAGUUAAAGGAUCCAUUCGGACGAUGCUACCUUUUUCCAACUACCGUAGCGAUAAAAAUGACGAAGCCCCUCUAGGAAGGCCCUGCUGGAACGAACACAGUCCAACGGGUGCCACUAAUGUGGUAGCUUUUGGGACAGCCUUUUCUGCGGGUUUUCAGCCUCUGUACUAUAAGUCUCUGUGCACUGUAUGUGCCGGAAUUAGUUGUUCCAAGCGAUUCACUGAUAAUUGCAUACUCGAUGCACAUUCUUUCAA